CUGGUGUAAUUCUUUGACAGCUGGUUGCCUGGCAAUUUGACAAAGGAAUAAAUAAAAAAUAUAUCGACCAAACAAAAUCAUUAAGUAUAAUAGGUUGACCAAGCAGAACGCAGGUAAAGAACCCUUUUUUCUUGCGAUAAAAAUGGAUAAAGCUUUUGAGAUCCAAAAAAAUGCUCGAGACAAUGUGAAGUCCUUACAAACGUAUCUCACAGACUUGCAGAAUUGGGAAUCGGAGAUGAAACGUAAAGAGGCCGCGCUCAACGGAAACUUUGAGCAGGAUUUACCUCCAGUGAGAAGCAAGACACGCAAAGAGAGGCCAAUUCAAGUGAAAAAGAAGCAACAAAAUAGAAUUUCCUCAUCAGACUACAGUGCCUGGGAGAAAUUUGAUGUGGGCAAAGCAUGUGAAGAAGUAGAUAUGGCAGAAAUGGGCCCGAUGUCCUUUGAUAGCAAACAGAGUGAGAAAGAGAAACAGGAGAAGUUAAGAGAGGAAGCACAAUAUGAAAAAGAGCGGGGAAAUACAUUUGUUAAGCAAGAGAAAUGGGAUGAUGCAAUAUCUUGUUAUAAUAGAGCUAUUGAAUUAGUCAAAAAUGAUGCUAUUUACUAUGCUAAUAGAGGACUUUGUUAUCUUAAGAAGGACAGCCUUCAUCAAGCAGAAAAAGACUGUACUGAAGCUUUGAAAUUGGACUCAACAUAUGUAAAAGCAUUACAGAGACGAGCCACUGCUAGGGAGAAACUUGGGUCUCUGAGAUCGGCCAGUGCUGAUCUCUUUGAGGUGCUAAAACUUGAGCCUAAUAAUGUAGCUGCGAGAAAACAAUUGGAAAAUAUUAAAACUAGGAUGGGAACUAAAGGCUCUAAAUCUAAGUCAUCGCCGUUAUCAACUCCAACUUUGGAAUCCAAGGCCAUAACCCCUACCGAUUCUAAAGCAAAAGUGGUGGAAAUCAGUUCAGUUGAAUCAACGCCACAGGAAAAAUGGAGGACCGCUGUUGGUGAAAAUAUUACAGUCAUUAAAACGGUGAAGAAGCCGCCGCAUUUGAGAUCCAAGAGAGCCUUAAAACAUAUUACUAUACAAGAAAUACCCCUUGGCUGCACUGUACCCAAAGUGGAAGCCAAAACAAUCGACAAUUUAGCCCAAGGUGACACCAACAAUAACUCAGAUGAAACAAAAGACUGUGCUCUGUCAGCUAAAGGCGAUAAUAUUGAAAUUAAUUCACCCGAAAUUAAAUCUAUAGACAAAAUGGUGCCGCCAGUAAAUAGUGUUCAAUUUAUGAAUGAAUGGAAGUGUUUGAAGGGUUCGGUUGAGGCUAGAAGUAACUACUUAAAUAUAAUAGAUCCAACAAAUAUACCAUCGAUAUUUGCGAAUGCAUUAGAAAGUGAUGUUUUAUCGGAAUUAUUGAGUACAUUGUACGAAUUUAAGGACAGAUACACACGAGGUCUGAGUCAUUACCUUCAAGCCUUCACACGCGUCAAAAGAUUUUCCGCUCUAGCUAUGUUUUUGGCUGAUAAUGAUAAACUUUUGGUCAAUAAAAUGCUGGUACAUUGUAAAACAAAGGAGGGUCUUAGCGAUGACGUGAUAAAUGAACUGAAGAACAAAUACGAGCUUUAGUUAGAAUUAAUUUGUAGAUAAUAAUUUAAUUAACGGAAUACGCGUGUGAUUACAAUUUUUUUACAUUAAUUUUAGUUGAAAUUAAAACGUUUUAAAAGUUCUAUUUAAUACACGAAAUAGAUUUAAAAAAUGAAUUCAAAGUCAAUACAGCAAGUAUGUCUGCCGUACGUCAAAAUUAUAUGGAACUUAAUAAGCGUGCCGCAAGCAUAAGGCAUGUCGCAUAAUAUAAUAUUCUUAUUUUGAAUUGUCACAAAAUUUCAUGUAUAUGCUCGCCCUAAUAUUUUUUAACCAAUUCCAUAUUUAAAUUUAAUUCAGUCUAUGGACAUUUAGAGAAUUCGAAUUGAACCUCAUUCCAUUGUUAAAAAGUAUUUGUAUUGCGUUCUUAAAUCAAAUUUACGUCGUCUGUUAUCUGUUAACUGUCAUAGAUGACAAAAGCGUGCCAAUAUGUUUAUGGUACGUUUGAAAACACGUAUAGUUACUGUUAUGGAAGGGAAGUGAUGUGACGCGUGAUGAUUCUUAUGGCCUCAAUCCAAUACAUUUUGUCACAUUUUCAUGUUUUUAAUAAAAUACCCGUAUCUUAUUUAGCAUAUCUGAAACAAAGAUCCUUCCUGUUAGUAUAUGUUUAUUGCAAAAUUAAACUAUAGGAUUUUGUUCACUUCGAAUAGGAACUUCAAGGCUUUAUUAUAAAACUAAACCUAAGUCUUCAGGAAUACAAUUCUCGUUUUGUCAAAACUUUAUAUAUGGCUUUGGAGGUUUAUGAAUAUAUAGCCAAUUCAUUUUAUAAUAUAUAUUCAUUUAAUAAAACCCUGAAUAUCGUUUAUUAAUUCGAUUGUUGUCUAUGAAAAUAGUAUCUUGUCAUAAAACGGGUAAAAUGGCGGUUAAUCUCGCCUGUGACGUCACUAAUUCCAUACAAAUUCGUUAGCCAUCACUUUCUUAAAUAUUUUCAAAAACAGUUACACACAAAUGUUGUCUACAGUUUAUUUAACUGAAAAUGAAUUAUGAUAUUAUGGAAAUACAAUAUGCUAUUUUAAGACAUGAAUGAUCAUUUUUUUAUUUGUAAAUGUUUGUAACAUUCAUAAGCAUGCCCUAAGAUGCAUCUAAACUGAAUAAACGAAUUUUGAUUAGAUUUUUGAAUCGAAUAAUAAAAAAAUACAUUUUGAUGCCGUAGAUCGUUUUAGUACAUAAAAUAAUCAAAUGUCAGAGUAUAAAUCAAAUUCUUGGUAAUAGACUAUAAAAUGAUCAUUUAGUUUUUCAUUUUUUAACAGAAGUAUAGUUUAAGUUGAUCAAAUCACAUUGAAAGGUUUUAUGGUUUUAAUGGUGCGAAGGGUUAUUUUCUAAAUAUAAGUUUUAUACAUA